UUCUGUUUUGCCUUAUGAUUCUCCAUUUAAAAGCUAAUUAUUUUUAUGGUUUCAGCUUAAGGUCACAUGCAUCCUACCUCCUAUUUCUAAUGAUCCAGAAGCUGAUGUUUGCAUGGAAGACGAAGCUAAUAAAGAUCUGGAUGACAUGGCCGAUUUAUCCAAGAGAGGUUAUAAGUUUAAAAUUAGAGAUUGGCGAAACAUGUCAGUAGACCUAUACGGUGCUAAUGAACAAAUAAGAAGAGCAUCUUUACUGUUUGGGAAUGGAGGGAUGAGUCAAGCUUCUUCUUCGUAUCAGGAGGAGUCUUUGGAAUCAAAGAUCAACAGAAUCAGCGAGAUGGUGGGAGAUAAUUUAAGGAUCAUGAACGAUCGUUUGUGUUUGAUUGAAAAAGACAGGAAACAGAUUAAAGAACGUGUGACAAAACUAGAGAAACUACAAAGAGUUACUUCAUAUGAAACUCCAAACAAUGAGACUGACACAACUCCAUUUCAUGAGACGGCUUCCAGACAAGGUGAAGCCAAUGCAGAUCAAGCAGAUGAACAACUUAACAAUGAGGAUACACGAGAGCCUAUGAAUGAGAUCACGAAAGAGACACCUGGUUCUCCAAUAGCUCAACAGAAUAUUGAGACUCCAGUCCUUACUCCAAUUCAGACGCAGCAGGAGACUCACGAGCUUAUGAAUGAGAUCAUUUCACCAAACAUUUCCGACACACAGCCAAAUACCCGAGCUCGCAGAAAUCUUUUAACAGAGCAAAAUAAGGAUGUAGAAAGCAGAGUUCAAAAUCCCUUUGAGAUCGGAGCAAAUGUGGAGAUUUCAUCACAAGAUGACAAUACUUGUCAUAAAUGGUAUCCAGGAAAUGUGUUGGCAACAUAUUUGGUUGAUGGGGUUGAGAUGGUGAAAGUUGAGUACUCCGUCCCGUCUCUGGACGAAAAGAAGAGGAAAAGGAGUGUUGAGACACGUGUAUCAAUUGACAGAAUACGUCCUCAACCACCACCUGAGAGAUCUGGAGCGAAGAAAAGUUAUGAGCUAAUGCAGGACGUGGAGGCGUUCGACAAUGGUGCCUGGUGCGCUGGAAAAGUUAAAGUCAUUUUGUUUGAUGGCUCGUGUUUUGUCUCUUUGAACAAUUCUAAAGAACAAAUUUACUUCCACCAUUCUGAGAUGCGAAAACCAAGAAAAUGGGUAGAUGGUGUUUGGGAGAUGACAAAAAAGAUGGAAGAAGAGCAGACGCAGAGUGUGAAUCCAAGUGAAGGAGAUGGUGAUAAAAAGGGGAAGGCGAAGGCUGUCGCUUGUAAGAAAAAUGAAGCAGCUGGUCCAUCAGAAGAUGGUGUUGGGAAAAUGGCAAAAGAGAUGGAAGUAAAGCAGGGUAAGAGUGUGAAACCAAGUCAAGACGAUCAUGCAAAAAAGGGGAAGCCUGAUGUUGGUAAGAAGAAGAAAGCAAAUGCUCAGCCAGUAGAUUUGCUUCCUUUUCUACAGCGAGAAGAGAAGAGGCCAAUACGACCUAGAAACCCUCCUAUACCUGUAACACCUGAGGUAAUCCUUCCAAUUGAUCCAUUUGUGACACCUGAAUUUCCUCGGUUUUCAAGGCUUGCACACUGGAUGGAUCUACGGGGCAUAUAUCGUGUACCGUUUUAUAUCAAUGGAAAAGAAAUUGAAAAAGAGUUCUUUCAAAAAAUGGACGAUGCAGAAAACAAUCUCAACAAAGAGCACAUAAAUGUUGCAUUUGAAAUGCUAAAUUGUAAGAGGGUUGAGCAAGGUGCUUGGUUCCGCAACAACAAUCUUCCAGCAGCAUGCUUUGUACCAGUCAAAUUCUUAGAAGUGGUUGGGUACGCUUAUGAAUCUGUCAGGAAGCCACAUAAGAAAAAAAAACGUUAUUGGAGGGCUGUGUAGGCGAACUUGUGAAAGGUUUAAUACAUCCAAAGAAGGUAUGGCUGGAAGAUGUUGAUGUUAUAUAUGGUGUCAUUGAAGAUAAGUUGAGCUAUCACUAUAUUGGGGUGGAGAUACAAUUGAUGGACAACACAAUCACACUCUUCCAUUGUGGUCUUCCAAAAGCAAAUAUCAAACGUGCUCUUAAUCAAAUCCAAGAACUGGCAGGUAAAAACUCUUUGUGAUUUAUUAAUUUUAUCAUUCAGUGUAGAAAAAUCAGUUUUAUUGUCUGUUGGUGAUUGAUUUAUUGUAUAAUUUUGGGUAUUUAUGACAGUGUUGAUUAGUGCCAUAAGAUGGAACUUCUUGGUGAAGAGGUUAAUUUCGAAGAUAUCAGUCCAUUUCAAGUUAAGUUUGCAGAAGGGCUUCCAAAGACAAAAUUUCCAUACAACUGUGGUAUUUUUGUUGUGAAGAUGCUGGAAUGCAGGUCACUGGGAUUGAAGAGCAUGGCUAAUAUAAAUGAUGAAACUGCGAUGGACUUACGAAGCAAGCUAUGUUGUGAGAUCUUCGACCAGUUUAUGGAUAAAGAUUUCCAGGAAGGUCAAAGGAAGUGAAAAUGUCAUAUUUGUUCUGUUUUCUACUCUGUUUUUCUACUUUGAUAUUAAUUAUCCCUAACGUUUAAGUUUAAGUUUGUAAUGAAUUAUCCCUAACGUUUUUUUCAUUUAGAUUGUUAUUGAAAUAUUUUUAGGAUGUAUUGAUGAAUUGUCAAAUGCUUAUGGUACUUUUAGGAUGAGUUUCCAGAAAAAGAGUGAGAAAGCAAAAUGCACCAUAGCCUAGCAAAUUCCUUUAAAGUUUACAAAAAAAAAAUGAAAAAGAAUGUGAUCCAAUGUUGAUUGAACUCGUGAACUCUCGAAAGAUGAAUUAAAGUGUGCAGCCGUUGUGCCAAGGGUGUUAUACUUGCCAAAAGCUAUAAUAAAACCAAAAUAACUUUUGAAUAUUUAAUUAAAAACAGAAAAAAAUGUGAGUAUACACAACGGGGAUCGAACACGGCUUAUUGUGUGAUAAGGGUACACUAAGAGUAGAAGGGCUUGCCACUAGGCUAUGGUGGAUAUUCGAUAACAGAGUAAAUGUGAACUUAUUUAUUCACAGACGAUAGAUUUAUAUAAUCUGGAUAUCAUUUUAGGUAUUCAGGAUAGCUUUCCAAAAACAAAUUCCUUUAAAGUUUACAAAAAAAAAUGAAAAAGAAUGUGAUCUGAUGUUGAUUGAACUCGUGAACUCUCGAAAGAUGAAUCAAAGUGUGCAGCCGUUGUGCCAAGGGUGUUAUACUUGCAAAAAGCUA